GCGGCCGGAGCGGCCCCAGCCCGGUGUCCGAGUCCGGUGUCCGAGCCCGGUGUCCGGCUGUGUCCGAGCCCGGUGUUCGGUGGUGUUCGCUGUCCCAGCCCGCUGUCCGGCCGUGGCCCCGUGAUGACUCUGGAGGAGCUGCCCGGGGAGCGCCGCGCCGCCGGGAGGAUGGAGCAGGCGGGGGACGCGCUCGAGGAGGUGCUGAGCAAGGCGCUGAGCCAGCGGAGCCUCACCCUCGGCGUCUACGAGGCGGCCAAGCUGCUCAACGUGGACCCCGAUAACGUGGUGCUGUGCCUGCUGGCGGCCGAGGAGGAGGAGGCGGGGGACGCGGCGCUGCAGAUCCACUUCACGCUGCUGCGGGCCUUCUGCUGCGAGAACGACAUCAACAUCCUGCGCGUCAGCAACCCGGCUCGCCUGGCGGAGCUGCUGCUGCCGGCAGCAGGCCCCGAGCCGCCCGCGGACCUGCACUGCGUGCUCGUCACGAACCCGCAGGCGUCGCAGUGGAAGGAUCCAGCGCUGAGCCAGCUGAUGUGUUUCUGCCGGGAGAGCCGGUACCUGGACCAGUGGGUGCCGGUGAUCAACCUCCCGGAGCGGUGACCCCCAGCCCGGCCCCGCUGCCAGCCUUUGCCACUUGCUCAGGAAGGAACUCCCUGCCCCGGCUCCAGGAUUCCCCCGGGGGAGGGAGGAAAAAUAAAACACAAUAACAACUUUUAAAAAAAAAAAAAAAUAGAUCUAAAAUAAUAAAGUUAAAACUGAUGUC